CUGCAACCACCAUGGAGCUACAAGAAAUUCAAAAGUAUCUUAACGCCAUACAGCCUCUGUGCUCGCGGGUCUCACCCUUGUCGCCCAAUGCCUCUCCGCGCUCACGUCGGCUCGCUUCAACGGUCUGCGAUCAACUUUCCUCCAUCCAAACUGUUCUUGUGGAGAAUCUGGGCGGACCCACUGGGCACAGGCACGGAGGAACUUCGCGCGCGCACCGUUUGGAUCCAUCUGGUGACGCCGAAGAAGAUGAACAGUCUCAGGAUGAACCCGACGGCGAAGGCGAAAAGAGGGGAGGGGCUCGGGAGACAGACGAGGACGCAGAUGAGGAUGAAGACGAAGACGAGAACCGCACUGAGAAAGGAAGAUCGACUAUAGCUGCAAAGCAGAACACUGUCGCUUUCCGCGUAGCAAAGAUAUCGCAAUGUCUGGCCGCCGACCCGCUGUCUCUCGCUGAGGUCGCAGACAUGCUAGUUGGAGAUCGUCCCAAAGGCAAGGUCGCUGACCUCGAAGACAUCGCGCUUGCGUCCCUCUUGGCAGGCCUGCCACAUGCGUCAUUGCAUGACUGGGCGGGAGUAUUGGAACAUCUCGCCGAUAACAUCGUCAGCACCGCUAGCAUCGUUGUUGCUUCUGCUGCUCACGAUGGUGUCGAGAGUAUCACCCAGCGCCUUGAGAUGCGCCACAAGGCUCUCACGUCUGCAGACAUGGGAAACCGUGCGAACAACUGUGUCGUAUUCGUCCUCCGGCAGAUUGAAACAAUCAAGUUCGCCCUGGACUGGCAGGAUCGCGGCGCGUUGCCCGGGGGAAAGAAGUGGAUCAGCGACUUCUACAAGACUGCAUUUAUCGAAGAUCCAGCCUUCGUUGACGAGUUUCAAGGUAUCACAGAGAACGCUAUCAAAGUCAAACUGCGAGAACUCGAGGAGCCCUUUAAACGGUGGCGCAACAGUGCCCGGCACACCGUCACCGCCCGCAACCGCCUCCUUAGGCUUUACAAUAUGUUCGGCUUCGGUGUACUCCUCGAUCCGACGUGGGAAGUGAACGGGCUUGUACGCGGCCGCUCUCGCCUCUUCGUCCCUGUUCUCGACAGCCUGUUGUCGGUCGUCCGGAAAGCAGAGCCUGCCGAUCUGCCGUCGCAGUCGGAUGCUCGCCGCGCUCUCAUACACAUCGUGACGAUCCUCGGGGGUGACGACAUCGGCGUCCAUGUCAAGCGCUUCGUGCAGGACCACCCGCCGACUCUGCUGUAGACCGACCCUCUAGUGCCCUCUAGUGCUGCUGUAUAGUCUUUGUGUGUACAGUCAUUGGCAGUGUAUCGGUGGACCCGUGCACACCCGUGUUCGAUGAAACACCAGUUAGCUGGUUCUCCUUUCUUGGGUGGUUGCGCAACUCGGCACGUCACGCGUGUGUGUCCACAACUUGCUCCGCUGCGGU